ACUUCUUAUGGCUCUAGAGGAAGGAAAUAUUCAUCAUGGAAUGGGAGAAUCAGACGGCUAGCUCUGACUUCAUCUUGAUGGGGAUUUUUAGCCACACGCCCACUCACAUCUUUCUCUUCUCGCUGGUGCUGGGCAUCUUCACAGUGGCUCUCUUGGCAAACACUGUCAUGGUUCUCCUCAUCUACCUGGACCGCCGGCUCCACACCCCCAUGUACUUCCUCCUCAGCCAACUCUCCCUCAUGGACCUCAUGGUCAUCUGCACCACGGUGCCCAAAAUGGCCUGCAACUACCUGUCUGGCAGGAAGUCCAUUUCUGUAGCAGGAUGUGAAACCCAGAUAUUCUUCUAUGUGUCCCUCUUUGGGGCUGAGUGCUUCCUAUUGGCUGUCAUGGCCUAUGACCGCUAUGCUGCCAUCUGCUACCCUCUUCAGUACCUCAAGCUCAUGAACUGGAACGUUUGUGGGCUCCUGGCUGCCUCUUCAUGGAUCCUUGGGGUCUUUGAUGGGAUUAUAGAGUUAGCUGCUACUCUGUCCUUCUCCUACUGUGGCUCCCGAGAAAUAUCCCAGUUCUUCUGUGAUGUCCCAGCACUCCUACGUCUCUCGUGCACGGAUACUUCCACCUUUGAAACCCUCAUUUUUAUCUGUUGUGUGGUAAUGCUCCUCUUCCCUUUGUCACUCAUCAUCAUCUCCUACACACGGGUGAUCAUAACUGUCAUUCGCAUGAGUUCUGGGGAGGGUCGGCACAAGGCGUUCACCACCUGUAGUUCCCACCUUGUCGUCGUGGGGAUGUAUUAUGGAGCAGCUAUGUUCAUAUAUAUGAGGCCCACGUCCAAUCGGUCCCCAGCCCAGGACAAGAUGGUGUCAACCUUCUACACCAUUCUCACUCCCAUGAUGAAUCCCCUUAUAUACAGCCUCCGCAACAAAGACGUGGCCAAAGCAUUCAGAGAGGUGCUGGGGAAGGCGAAAUCUAGAGAAUAA